UUGUAUCAGGCGUUCCGUAAGGAACAGUUCUCGGACCAUUGAUGUUCCUGACAUAUAUCAACGACAUGCCUGACAAGUUAAAAUGUCAGGCUAGAUUGUUCGCGGACGACUGUUUGUUGUAUACCCCAGUCGCAAAAGAGGAAGACAUGUGCAACUUGCAAGAUGAUCUUCGGUUGCUGGAAAAAUGGCAAAGUACAUGGAAAAUGAGCUUCAAUCCUUCAAAGUGCACCGUCUUGGCAGUAUCUAAGAAGAAAUCGCCUCCUCUCAGGGACUAUAUUUUUUGUGGACAGGUGCUAGAAAAGACAACGUCCCAUCCUUAUCUGGGGGUUCAGCUGGACAAUAAACUAACAUGGAGGGAACAAGUGGAUAAAACAGCUAACAAAGCCCACAAAACCCUUGGCUUUCUACGAAGAAAUCUAUGGUUCUGUCCAAGGGAUGUCAAAGUCAUAGCCUAUAAAUCGUUAGUCAGACCAGUAUUAGAGUACGCCACUUGUGCAUGGGAUCCUUAUAAAGCUGAUCAAAUCAGAACUCUUGAAGGGGUUCAACGAAAGGCAGCCCGUUUUUGCUGUGGUGAUUAUAGCCGUGAAAGUAGCGUCAGUGGAAUGUUAAAAGACCUCCAACUCGAUACGCUGGAAAGUAGAAGGGAAAAGAACAGACUGGCAAUGAUGUACAAAAUCCAGAAUAAUAAUGUUGAUAUAAACAAAGAGGAAUACAUUAACUUGAUCUCGACAAGAGAGACAAGGAAUAAUAGUGGUACUCGCAUAGAAGUGCCAUUUGCCCGGACAGAUACUUACAAAAACUCAUUCUUUCCAAGAACAAUCAGAGCUUGGAAUGACUUGAAUCCCGAUAUAAAAAACAAAACAUCAGUAGAAAGUUUUAGAGCAACACUCUAACCCACACGUGAGCAGCACGCUGGCGAUUUGCAGACUACUGCCCUGCCGGUGUAAACUUCAGAAGGUUCAGAAGGUUCAGA